UGAAAGUACCACUUUUCAGCGAUGUUUGCGUUUUUCUUUGCCUUUGUAUAUGUGUUUUUGAUUGUCUCAAGGAAUCAAUUUAGGCCUUUAGGGGCUUUUUUGUUUGUCAUUUGUUAGUUUUUAAUAUUUUGGCUGAGAACAAAUUUUGGGUUUUGGUUUUCCAGUUUGUUUUUCCUUUGGAUCCAUGGUUGAUUGGAAUUUGUCUUGAUUUUUAGGUACUUUAGUUGCUGUCUUGCUCUCAUUUUGGUUUCAAAAUAGAGUUUUAUGUUGAUUGAAGGAGCUGUUUAAGGAACAUUGAGUUUGUCUUAUCUCAUAGUAUUCAUCGGCUCGUUUAUCUUUUUAUGGAAUUCUGUUGUUCAAUCAAAGAAUUCUGAGGCUAUGAUGGAUUAAAUUUAGAAUUUGAUGGAGUUCAAAUUGGCAAUCACAGUGACCAUUCUUGUUAGCGACAUGAAUUCUAUGUGUUUUGUUGCCUGCUGGUAUGGAGGUCAGAAGAUCUGUGCUACUCAUUAUCGUUGGAUAGUUAGUUUGUGUUUGGCUUUCUCGAUGGAGGCUCAUAAGAGAAUUGCAGCUGAAAUGUGGAUGCCAUUGGUAGAUACAUAGUACUAUCUUGUUAUUAGUGAACUAGUUUUGUUAGAAACAUUUCAUUGCUCUUCAAUGACAUUGUUAGAAUAGGGAGACUUGAAUUCCACUCUCUUUUAUAUUCUAGAUGAAUUUGAAUAAUUAGAACUGAUUAGAAAAUAGUGAAUUGUAUAAAAGUAUUAAAGGCAAACACAAGUGAGCAAGGAAGAGGAAGAAUAACUUAUUUAGCUCCAUUUGCAUUACUCAUUACACAUUCUCUGCAAGUUUAGCAAUGGGGUUGCCACAAGUUUCCUCAGAUGAUAGUGCUGAGGAAGGUGAAGCUGCAUCUGUUGGUUCAUUUUUGCAAAACCCGCCACGGUUUGCGGGUGUCAGCACCUGUGAUUUAGAUGGAAUGCAGAGAGGAAGUUUUAGCCAGCCUAUUGGGGAUUCCUUGUGUUCUUCACUAGGAGAUUUUCAAAGGAAAGUUUCUUUGGAGCUUUCAAAGUUUUCAGAUGAUUCUAUCAAAUUUGGAGGGAAAAUGAAUGCUUCAUCCAAUGUUCAUCAAUUGAAGAUUGGCUCUGCCAAUGUUGUUGGAUCAUUUGCCACUCCUAGAAGUGGACAGAAAGUCCACAACCCUGUUUCUAGGAUUGUGGGUUUUGAUUCACAUGGCACAAGUAAGGUAGUGGAGGGAGUUUCUAGUGAUCCUGUUCAUUCUUCUCCCGUUGGCGUCGGAGCUAAUGAAACAGAGUCUAGUGGGUCAGUAGUUAGGAAGCGACUAUUAUCACCAUUAAAUAGCAUACUUUUCUCAGAUCAAUUUAAGGAUGACCCUCUGGACAUUAGCUACAGCGGCACUCAAGUAAACUCCUCUUCCUUAGCUGAUAAGCAUAGGGUUUCUGUCUCACAAGACAAUAAGAAAGCAAAUAUUGGCAGCAAAAUGAAUUUCACAGCAUCAUCCUGGUCCUUGUCAAGCUGCUUGGAACAUGGAAACAUCCCAUAUGACAAAGCUGGAACUGCAUCUGUAUUUUUUACAGAUGGUCCUUUACUGGAAAACAAGGAACCACACCAUUCUCAUAAAUUUUCCUAUUCUCCUGGGCUUGAUCAAUUCCGAGAAUCAAGUGAGUUGAGAUGCCGAAGUGGAGUAAUAUCUAUAACCCCCCAAAUGGCUACCUCACCUCCUGUUUCUUUAUCACCAUUGGGUCCAAAGUUCAGUGAGAGGAUGACAGCUGCAGGAGGAUGCAAGAAUCUUAAAAAGGAUAUGAAUGAUUGUUGUUCAACCCCAAAGAAUACAGAACAAUCAGUUGAAAGGUUUGACUCUGGUAUUAUACUUGUCCCUGAAGAAGAGGAGUUUGAGAUUUCAAGCAGCUCAUUUGAAGAUAUUGGUUUUUUGCACAAAGAAUUUCGCCCUUCUUCUCUGGAAGGUGCUGCUGAAUUAGGCUGGCCCUUGUCUCAAGAACCUGCCCCCAUAUCUUCAUGUAUCAGAUUCGUCAAAGGUUUGAGUGGACUUCCUAUUAGGAGGUCCUUGGUUGGUUCAUUUGAAGAGUCGCUAUUGUCUGGAAGGUUCAUUUCUGGAAAACUCAGUCAGAGGAUUGAUGGUUUUCUAGCUGCUCUAAGCAUAACUGGAGGGACCUUCUCACCGCAAUCACAGAAACUUCCAUUCUCGGUAACCAGUGUGGAUGGAGAUUGUUUUUUACUGUAUUAUGCAUCAAUAGAUCUUUCAAGGGAUUCAUUGUCAAAUAAAUGCCAAGAUCAGAAGUUGAAAAGAGGCCUUAGCAAUGAUGAAUUGCAACCUGUAAGAAGCCGGUUGCGUAUUCCUAUGAAAGGGCGCAUACAAUUGGUUCUUAGCAAUCCAGAGAAAACACCUCUUCACACUUUCCUUUGCAACUAUGAUUUGAGUGACAUGCCAGCUGGCACCAAGACAUUCGUGCGCCAGAAGAUUACCUUAGCAUCUUCUACUCCAAAUGCUGCUGAGCUGAAACGGGGGCAUAUAAGUUUUAACGCCAAAGUCCAGAACAAGGUGAGGCCAACGUCACAGAAAAAUUCUCCUUUACCCUACAACAGAGACAGGAUGGAUGGUAGUGAAGUUAAAGGCAGUGAAGGCUUGGAUUUACCAGAAUCAAUACAAAUGACUGGCUGCGACAAUGGCCAGUGCAAGGAGUACACCUGCACUGAUGCAAGUCAGAAAACUGACCGGAAACUUUCCCAUGGUUGUGCUAAGAUCAAUGAAAAUACUAAUGGUGCUGGUUCACUGCGAUAUGCUCUUCAUCUCCGAUUUUUAUGCCCUUCCCCCAAAAAAUGUUCGAAGUCAUUUCAGAGAUGUAAAUCUGAUCCGGGGUCAGUGCCACAAAAGACAGGCCUUGACAGGGAUGGUGAUAGGAGAUUCUAUCUAUACAACGACUUGAGAGUAGUGUUCCCUCAACGCCAUUCGGAUGCUGAUGAGGGCAAGUUGAACGUGGAAUACCAUUAUCCAGAAGAUCCAAGAUACUUCGAUAUCAGCAACUGAAACAUCUAAUUUACUUCACAAAAGCAUGCUUUCUUUUGCUGACUUUGUACGUAGUCAUCACAUGUUUCAUUUCAGUCAUCUCAUCUCGAAAUGGCACUAACCCUCAUGAUCAACCUGUAUAUAUACCUUUAUUCUCAAAUAAUUUGAUGGAUUAAGCAUUGUUGUUGAAAA